CUUCAAGCAAGCACUCCUAAUGCAUUCUAAAAGAAUGAUCCUUCGGAUAAUUUGCAGCAGUGAUUUCUUUGCAGUGAAUAUAGCUUAUGUUAGUUAUUCUUCUGAUAUCCUAAAAGUGGAUAACAUGAGUGAGAUUAAUCAGACACUUGUAUCAGAAUUUCUUCUUCUUGGUCUUUCUGGAUACCCCAAAACUGAGAUUAUUUACUUUGCUGUGAUUCUAGUUAUGUACCUAGUGGUUCUAAUUGGCAACAGUGUUCUGAUCAUAGCAAGCAUCUUUGAUUCUCAUCUUCACACUCCCAUGUACUUCUUCCUGGGCAACCUUUCUUUCCUGGAUAUCUGCUAUACAUCUUCCUCUGUUCCCUCAACAUUGGUGAGUUUGAUCUCAAAGAAAAGAAACAUUUCCUUCUCUGGAUGUGCGGUACAGAUGUUCUUUGGGUUUGCAAUGGGAUCAACAGAGUGUUUGCUUCUCGGCAUGAUGGCAUUUGACCGCUAUGUGGCCAUCUGCAACCCUCUGAGAUACCCCAUCAUCAUGAACAAAGUGGUGUAUGUACCGAUGGCUUCUGUGUCAUGGAUCUCUGGUGGAAUCAAUUCAGUCGUGCAAACAUCACUUGCCAUGAGAUUGCCUUUCUGUGGGAAUAAUAUCAAUCAUUUCACAUGUGAAAUAUUAGCUGUCCUCAAGCUAGCUUGUGCUGAUAUAUCCCUCAAUAUUGUCACCAUGGUGAUAUCAAAUAUGGCCUUCCUGGUUCUUCCUCUGCUGGUCAUUUUUUUCUCCUAUACGUUCAUCCUCUACACCAUCUUGAGAAUGAACUCAGCCACAGGGAGACGCAAGGCCUUUUCUACCUGCUCAGCUCACCUGACUGUGGUGAUCAUAUUUUAUGGUACCAUCUUCUUUAUGUAUGCAAAACCCAAGUCUCAAGACCUGAAUGGAAAAGAUAAGUUACAAACUUCAGACAAGCUCAUUUCUCUGUUUUAUGGGGUAGUGACCCCCAUGCUGAAUCCUAUAAUCUACAGCUUGAGGAAUAAGGAUGUGAAAGCUUCUGUAAAAUAUCUGCUGAACCAAAAAUCUAUUCACUAAGAACACCAGAAAUGUUG